AUGGUUCCUGGGAAGGCCAGUCGCUUUGUCUGCAGGCCAUGCAACCGCCACUAUGAGCUGAAGCUCGCUACCGGAGUAAGACCCACAAGUGAACAUGCUCCCGACCCUCGCAUAAUCCAACAAUCGGUCAAUGCUGCACAAAGAUCAUCAUCCAUGCAUCCACCUCCUGUUAUUGCAACAUCUUUCAGACACAGGGUAGGAUCAAAUGUGACCAUCCCUUCUAGCUGGCACCAUGGUGAUGCACAUGUCCAACAAUCUUGCUCAGGCCUCCAUGGUCAUGAUGCAUGCCCUGCUGCUUACUCUUUAGGCCUUCCAGGGUACUCAGCCCAUCAUACCAUGUAUGGUGCAGAGUGGGAGUGCUGGGCUAAGCAGGCAUACUCCAUUCCUUCUGCAGAGACCAUCAGCUUAGAGAUUUCGGCCAUUCACGAAGGUGGCAACAAGAGGAAGGGCGGCCAUAGUGUUUCCUUUGGGAACAUCUGUGAGGGCAAGAAGGAUAUUGAUACUCAGAUUGAUACACCCUGGCUCGUCACCCUGGCUCUUGAGAUGGUCAGGCCAAAGAUUUCGGCUUUUGCACUGGGAUUUCCAUGGCGCGAGGAUGAAUUUAUCAUUCAUGAUGGGGGAUGGGUGGAUUUGUCAACUCAUCCACCAAAUUUCACUUACUUCUACAAACAAUGUGUCCAACCUUCUCAUACUAAAGGCCCAUGCAUUUCGGUAUUCAAGACCAAACAGUUUCAACUGUCAGUUGUCGUGCCUAUGGCUCAGUGGGAUGAGUAUGAGUCAUGGCUUGAAAAGAUUGAAGAACUUCGGGUUCAUCCUUAUCUACCUACUGAAACAGGACCACCACUCACUCAUACUUAG